AUGUGGCUGGAAAUCCUCCUGGCCUCCGUGCUGGGCCUCGCCAUCUACUGGUUCGCCUCCCGGGACAAGGAGGAGACCCUGCCGCUCGGAGACGGGUGGUGGGGGCCCGGGGCCAGGCCCACGGCCCCCGAGGAUGAGAGCAUCCGGCCCUUCAAGGUGGAGACGUCGGACGAGGAGAUCAACGACCUGCACCGAAGGAUCGAGAAGGCCCGCCUGACCCCACCGCUGGAGGACAGUCGCUUCCAUUACGGCUUCAACACCCACUACCUGCAGAAGGUCCUGGCCUACUGGCGGGACGGGUUCGACUGGAGGAAGCAGGUGGCCGAGCUCAACCGGUACCCGCACUUCAAGACCAGGAUCGAAGGGCUGGACAUCCACUUCAUCCACGUGAAGCCCCCGCGGCUGCCGGCCGGCCGCUCCGCCAAGCCCCUGCUGAUGGUGCACGGCUGGCCCGGCUGCUUCUACGAGUUCUACAACAUCAUCCCGCUCCUGACGGACCCCGAGAGCCACGGCCUGGGCGGCGAGCACGUGUUCGAGGUCAUCUGCCCCUCCAUCCCCGGCUACGGCUUCUCGGAGGCGGCCUCCAAGAAGGGCCUGAACUCCGUGGCCACCGCCCGGAUCUUCUACAAGCUGAUGCUGCGACUGGGCUUCCGGGAAUUUUACGCCCAAGGCGGGGACUGGGGGUCCCUGAUCUGCACCAACAUCGCCCAGCUGGCGCCCAGCCACGUGAAGGGCCUGCACCUGAACAUGGCCUUCGUGGUGCGGGGCCUCCACGCCCUCACCCUGCUCCUGGGGCGGCGCUUCCGGAGGCUCUUCGGCUACACCGAGCGGGACGUGGAGCUCAUGUACCCGCUGAGGGAGAAGAUGUUCCACAGUCUCCUGCGGGAGAGCGGCUACAUGCACAUCCAGUGCACCAAGCCCGACACCGUGGGCUGCGCCCUCAAUGACUCCCCCGUGGGGCUGGCCGCCUACAUCCUGGAGAAGUUUUCCACCUGGACCAGCUCCGACUUCCGGGACCUGGAGGACGGCGGCCUGGAGAGGAAGUUCUCCCUGGACAGCCUGCUGACCGUCAUCAUGAUCUACUGGACCACGGGCACCAUCACCUCUUCCCAGCGCUUCUACAAGGAGAACAUGGGGCACAACUUCCUGAGCGAGCCGCACGAGCGGAUGAAGGUCCACGUGCCCACGGGGUUCGCCGCCUUCCCGAGCGAGCUCCUGCACGUCCCCGAGAAAUGGGUCAAGUCCAAGUACCCGAAGCUCGUCUCCUACAACUACAUGCCCCGCGGCGGCCACUUCGCCGCCUUCGAGGAGCCCGAGCUGCUGGCCCGCGACCUCGGCCAGUUCGUGGGGCGCGUGGGGCGGCCCUGA